AGGAGGUUGGACUAGAAGACCUCCAAGGUCCCUUCCAACUAUUCUGCUAAUUCAGAUAGAAGAAAGGUAGGUAGGUAGAUAGGUAGGGAUAAAGGCUUUGCCUUAUUGUCUGUCUUUUAUAGGCAGCAGGAUUUAAUGUGACAAGGCUUCCAGUUCAUCAGUUUAUCUUCUCCGCCCAAGCUUGUACCAUUUAAAAAUAGAGGAGGGAGCCUCAACCAUCUGAUUCCUCCUUCACCCCAGCGGGAUUCCGGCACCCCAGCAGGUGUCCAUCCUAAGAGGUGCCAGGGAUCUGAAACCCGCCUAGGUGGGCGACCUCAGCCAGAAGAAUGGAAGGGAUCCAUCCUCCAGGAGAACCAUCAACAGAAGUCAGAAAAGACAGACAGGGUCCCGCCAUAUGUCCUAGUUUGCGCCUGGAGGCUCAGAUUACUGGACUUCCAUUGGCCUGGCAACCUCCUUGACCAGAGAGCACCAUUUGAAUUCAACUUAGGUCAGAAAUGCUUCUGGGGUCUUGAGGGAAGUAGCCUUUCAGGGUUAGAAUUCAGAGGUUUGCUGGUUGCAAUACCCUGAGAUAUUUUGCUCAAAGAAGUCUGGUGGAUUCCAUCGGUCCAAUUGGGUCCAUAAAUAGUCCUCCUUUGGUGACCGCAAUGGGGGCCACCAACUGGUCAUUAAGGGAAGCUCAAGUGAAACCGAGAGGGGGCUUAUGGUCUCCCUUAGGAAGAGAGUUGUAGUGCAGGAAAGCCAAUGCCUUGUAAUAAAAUCUGGGCAAAUCUGAGGAAGGGAGCUGCAAAAUUCUGCUUUUUCAUAAAAGGUGUAUAUUUCUAGGAAUGCUGCAGCCUUUCCAUAAGUUGGCUUAGUGGGAAGAGGGAAAACCAGACCCCUUCUGGCUUUAUUUCCUGGAAAGUCCACGCAGGACCCUGCCCCUUUCACCCUACCCGUGCCCCGCUUCGCCUUCCUCCCCAUCGUUAGCUCUGCGCCCGGGGAAGGCGCGGCGAGGGCGCGCGAGGCUCCCGGGUUGGCACGGAAAGCGGAGCCCGCGGCGACGGCCAGGAGAAGCGGAGCCCCGCCGGACCGGUUGCGGGGGAGAAGGGACCGGCUGAAUCGGAGCAGCUCCCCCGGCUCGCCCGGCGCUGGGACUCUUGGGCAUCGGCAAGCGACUUCGGCAGGCAGCUCUCUCGCUCGUUUGUUUUUCUUUCCUUCCCUUUCCUUGCCUCGGCCCCUCACUCUUUCUCUCCCUUCCUUCCUUCCUUCCUUCCUUCCUUCCUUCCCUUCCUCCCUCCCUCCAUUCCUUCCUUCCUUCCCCCUCCAGCCUCCAGCCCAUCCACGCGCGCCGAAUUCCGCAGUGACCGCCCGGCGCCUUCCUCCCGUGACCUUCGGAUCCUGCGGCAAAGGCGGGUGCGACCGGCUCUGCCCUGAAGGGGGUCUCGACCCCCCCCCUCUCCGCCCGGAGACGUCCCUGCCCGGCCAUGAUCCCCCGCUGGAGCAGCGGCCUCCUCCAGCGCCCGCAGCGGGUCCUGGGCGCCUGGGCGCCUCUGGUGGGCGCGGGCAGCGGCGGGGCGCAUUCCGGGCGCGCGGCUGCCCCUGCCCGGCCGCUGCGGGUGUUGGUGGACAUGGACGGGGUGCUGGCCGACUUCGAGGGGGGCUUCCUGAAGAAGUACCGCGCCCGCUAUCCGGACCUGCCCUACAUCGCGCUGGAGGAGCGCCGCGGCUUCUGGGUCUCGGAGCAGUACGGGAACCUCCAGCCGGGGCUGAGCGAAAAAGCUAUCAGUAUUUGGGAAUCCAAGAACUUUUUCAUGGAGCUCGACCCCCUUCCAGGGGCCGUGGAGGCUCUGAAGGAGAUGGCAGAAUUAGAAGCGACCGAAGUUUUCAUAUGCACAAGUCCCAUCAAGAAGUAUCGCUAUUGCCCAUAUGAAAAGCUUGCUUGGGUAGAGAAGCAUUUCGGACCCGAAUUUUUGGAGCACGUGAUUCUCACCCGGGAUAAGACGAUCGUCUCGGGACAUGUGCUGAUUGAUGACAGGCCUGAUAUCGUAGGAGCUGAACGCACCCCUGCCUGGGAGCAGGUGCUUUUCACUGCCUGCCACAACAGACACCUGCAGCUCCCGGCUUCUUGCCCCCGGUUGCACUCGUGGGCCGAUGACUGGAAGGCCAUCUUGGAAAGCAAACGGGGCUGCUGAAGCCAUGAAGGUUCUCAGCAAGGCCAGCCUAGAGCAGGCCUGGUUGCCUGAAGACUCUCUUCUUGAGUUGCUGGCGUAGAAGAAGACCUGUUGCUUUCCUUGGGUCUGGGCUGGCCUGUCAGAAGGAAGAGCUGUGGUCUCAAAUGGCAGCCAGUUUUGGUAGCUAAAGGAAGCCCUUGAGUUUUUACAGGAGCGGUGUUGGCCAAGUCUUCCAACUAUGUUGAGGGCCUUUCGUUGAGUAGAUCAACUCAGGAUGGUUUCCCAUUCCUGCUUAACUUUCUGUGAGGUCUUCUUCAUUCAAGGUAAUGGUCAUCCUCAUCUUUGGCCUCCAAUGGAUGGACAUUGACCUUCUGGAACUCAAAUGAUCCUUGUUGCAGUGGACGUGCAAGAAAUGUUCCUGAGUGCAAAGUUGAGGGAGAUGUUGGUGGCCUCCUGAUCUCAUGUGCCCAGCCACGAUCUCACAGGCAUCUGUGAGUUUGCUGCACUGAUUCACCUGAAGGAUCGCCUGAUUUCAGAGCUUUCUAAAACCCAGGGAGCAUUGGGGUCCAAAAAUCAAGAUGGAUCUGCAACGGGACAGUCAAAUCCAUGCAUAAUGUUGCACAUAAUACAGUCAAGCCUUCAAUUCCCUGUUGUAGCUUCCCUUGUGGGUGUGUCCAAGUGGACCCUAAUGUCUCACAAAAGUAAUAGAAGAGAUACACAACUAAAGCCCGUGUUUCCCAUUCUGGAGGUCUUUAGGCCUUUUUUCCUGGAGACCAUGCUGAUCUGGUCAUUCCAGGGAGUGUCUGAAUGUUUUCUGAGACUAAACAGGGUGUUGUUCCUAAGGAUUUAUUUGUGGUCAGUGUGGGAAGCAAUCUCAGAACUGGCCGAAGAGUCUGGACUAGGAGAAAAGAAAUCUUUCUGAAGUUCUACAGAACAUUGCAUCUUUGUGGGAUCCUUGGUGCUCUUUGAAUGGUGGUAGUUUUCUUGCAGACGUUUCAUUACCCAAACUAGGGAACAUCAUCAAUGUUAGAAGGGAGUGGGGGAAAUUUGUAGCACUGAUGAUGUUUCCUAGUUGGGUCAUGGAACAUCUGCAAGAAAAACACCAAGCUCAGAGAGCACCAAGGGCCGCACAGUUUAAUCCUGAGCUACAAAUAUUCUCUUCCAUCAGUAACUUCGCAUCUCUGAAAUGAGACACUUCGCACAACCCUAAUUUCUACCUGGAUGGAUUCUACUUGCCAUCUACUUGUGGCAAUAUAGAUCUGUUCAUACCUUCACGUAGAACCUCAUCUUCCCCAGAAGAUUCUAAUCCUGGCCUGCUGGUUUCUCCUCUGCACUAAGUUACAUCAGCUCAAAUCUCAAAGGACCCAGUCCGGAGGCAGGUUAUUCCAUCCACCUUUUAGUCUACAGUAAGUGGGUUGAGCAAGGUUGGCCCAACAUUUGCCGUUAUCCAGAUAGAUCUCCUUAGUGCUGGAGUGUGUAUGUGUGGGAGAAGCCCUUCCCAAUCCUUUAGAAAACUUCAAGUAGAGCCAUUUUUUUCACAGACUCAAACUGAUUAUCAUGCACUUGGUUUGGGACUUUCUGAAAUGUCCAAAUGACUCUGUAUGAAAUCUCACGUGACAAACCAGGAUGUGGUUUUAACGUAUGGAUAUUACAGGGACAAGCAGGAAGUAUGCCUCCUCUCCAACAUACCCCGAUGUACACACAAUAUUCCAUCUAUUUGUUUAACCUGAAUGUCUCCAGCUCUGCAUCUCUGCGUAUUUUUAGUGUGCAAAUACAACCAACAAUUUGUGCUUGA